AGCCAUCAUUCGAUCAAACAAUUGAAUGAAACGCAUCAUUCAUCAUAUACCAUAAAAAAUGUCCGAUAAAACUCCUCAAACGGGCAGUUCCAUAAACACAGAGGAAUCUGACCCGAAAAAUCAGCCGAUCAAUCUUGCACAAAUUCUGGAAAUUCUUCAAAGUUUUCAGAAUUUGACACCCAAGGCCGAACCUAUCGAGAGCUCUUCCAAUCAGCCAUUAAAUAUGGCAGAAAAGCUCAACGAUAGGAACUACGCCAUUUGGGCACGCAAAAUGAGUUUGGCGUUGGAUGGGAUAGGGCGGCUCAAGCACAUCACUGCCACACCUCUCAAAUCUGAUGACCCCAAAUUUAUCAAAUGGAGACAAACAGACUCAACGGUUGUAACAUGGAUUCUAGAAAACAUAGAAUCGGAUAUUGUCAAUCAAUAUAUCGAUUAUCCUACUGCUUGGGAUCUGUGGAAGGGAAUCGAAGCCACCUACGGCUCCGGGAAAGAUCCCUUGCAGGUAUACAACUUGAUGGUGAAAGCUAGCAGCAUCAAACAAGGAGACCAGACACUAGAGAAGGUCUAUAGCCAAUUGCA